AAUAAAUAAUGGACACGAAAGAAUUCAUUGACUUUGGCAAGGCAGUCAUCGAUUUCGUGGCUAAUUAUACGGAAACUCUAAGAGAGAAGAACGUCCUUCCAGAUGUUGAGCCCGGAUAUCUCAGCGAAUUGAUACCCAAAGAAGCGCCACAGGAAGCGGAAACGUGGCAGGAGGUGCUGAAAGACGUCGAACGAUACAUCAUACCGGGAGUAACUCAUUGGAAUUCGCCGCAUUUUCACGCAUUCUAUCCAACUGCGAACUCGUAUCCGGCAAUUGUGGGUGAAAUUUUGAGCAGCGGUAUCAGUUGUAUCGGUUUUUCAUGGCUCGCUUCUCCCGCGUGCACCGAGCUCGAAGUCAUUACAAUGAACUGGCUGGGAAAAUUACUAGGAUUGCCAAAUGAGUUCUUGAAUUGCAGCGAAGGGCCUGGAGGAGGUGUUAUACAAGGAUCAGCAAGUGAGGCAACUAUAGUAUGUUUGCUAGCUGCGAAAGAACAAAAAACUCGUCAAAUGAAACGACUUCAUCCAGAAUGGGAUGAAAAUUUCAUCAGAAAUAAAUUAGUCGCGUAUACAUCUGAUCAAUCAAAUUCCUCCGUAGAAAAGGCGGGAAUAUUAGCGUCAGUCCCCAUGAAACUUUUACCAGUAGACGACAAGUGCGCUUUACGAGGUGAAACAUUAUUGAAAGCAAUCAAAGAGGAUCUGGAGAAAGGUUUGAUACCGUGCUAUGUCGUGGCCACUUUGGGCACUACAGGCACAUGUGCCUUUGAUAAUCUCGAAGAAUUGGGACCAAUUUGUAAUGAAUACGACAUAUGGAUUCACGUAGAUGCUGCUUAUGCAGGUGCUGCCUUUGUCUGUCCCGAGUAUCGACAUUUGAUGUCUGGCGUUGAUUAUGUUGACUCCUUCAACAUCAACCUACACAAAUGGCUACUCGUAAAUUUUGAUUGCUCUGCACUCUGGGUGAAAGAUUCUAGGCGACUCAUCGAAGCUUUCAGCAUAGACAGAAUUUACUUGGCGCACGACAAACAAGGACUUGCUCCAGAUUACAGGAACUGGCAAAUUCCCUUGGGUCGACGCUUUCGUUCGCUGAAAAUUUGGUUCGUGUUACGAAUCUACGGAGUGGAGGGUCUGCAAGAUCACAUAAGACGUACUAUAAAAUUGGCCCAAUUAUUUGAAAAAUACGUAAAAUCCGACAACAGAUUCGAAGUAGUAACAGAUAGGUCUAUGGGUCUGAUCUGCUUCAGGAUGAAGGGCGAGGAUCAAUUGACCAAGGAACUUCUCAGUCGAUUGACAGACGAGAGAAAGAUUUACGUGGUAGCGGCAACUUUUCAAGAAAAAUUGAUCGUUCGUUUCGUAGUGUGCAGUCGUUUAAGCCGCGAGGACGACAUCGUUUUUGCAUGGAACGAGAUCACGAAACAAGCGGCGGAAGUUCUACGAUCGCGAGCUCACUCCUUGCAGGAAGAAUCGCACGAGACUUUUACGAAAUCCAUCAGCGAUAUGGCGACGAGGAUAGAAAGUUUAAAUCUUGAAUCGAAAACGCAAAAGAUAUCGUAGAACUCGCUAAUUGGUAUACAAAUGUUAAUUAGAAAACAGUAAGUCAUUUCUGAAGCUUUUCGAUUUGACUUUAGAAAUUUAAAAAUAAUACAGUAACUAUAAAAAAAGUAAGCG